AUGGGUUCUCUAGUUAAGUGUGGCCCUCAUUUCUGCGGAGCUCUUAUAGCAACAAUCUCUGGCUUCCUCACUUGUUUAUUUGGGAGAGAGAAAAAGGGAGCGACAGGUUCUCCCUUUUGCAGCCUUCCAGAUGAUAUUGUGAUUGAGAUCCUUGCUAAAAUUCCUAUGAAGUCCAUCUGCAGGUUCCAGGCUGUAAGCAAAUCAUGGGAAAGUUUAUUAUCCUCUCAUCACUUUGCAGUAGUCCACUCUAUCUCAACAUCCCAGUAUUUCUCUCUCUUUCUCAAGUACAAAAUUGAUGGCACUCAUGUGUUCUAUGCUGAUGCUCAUAACAAUACUAGUCCUUCAGCCUAUAGAAAAACAGAGUUUCAGCAAGAAAAUGUAAAAUGGGUUGCCUGUAGUAAUGGCCUAGUGUGCUGCCUCAUGGAAUCGAAAAUGGGUUAUUACUUGGCUAUUGGGAACCCACUAAUCCAGAGCGAACUUAUACCUCUUACAAUGCUUGAAUUUCAACUGCAUGAUUAUGGAUUCUACUUUGACCCCAUUAACCAAAACUUCAAGAUAUUGGUAAAUGCUGAUGCUUAUAUAGAUCCAAGUACCAAUGAGUCCAUUGCCUUUUUGAUCUUUGAUUCAUCAGUUGAGGAAUGGAGAUUGCCAAGAAAUCUACCACAAAUUCAGAUAGAUGCCCUGUGGAUGGUAGUCUCUGUUGGUUCCUGUUGCUAUGGAUUUUCUUCGAAGGAGCCCGACGAGGAGAUUCUAAUGGCUUUUGAUAUGGAGAAAGAAGAAUGGGAAAUAAUCCAUACCCCAGUAACGAUCAGAAACAAUUGCUCUUACAAAAUCCAAGAGAGGGAUAAUGAGCUUUGUCUAAUACAAGUUACUAAACAUUUGGGAGCCGAAGUUCAAGCAGAUAUUUGGGUUUUACAUGACGAGAAAAAGUGGGUGCAAGUAAUGAGAGCAGAUUUGGAUAAAUCAGGGUUCAGUGUUUUGGAUCGAUUUGGUUUAGAACUCAAUGAUUUCCUAUUGUUUCCUGAUCUCUGGGUUGGUGAAACAUUAUUUUUGAGGAUCCAGGUCAGACCAGAAUUAUCUCCUAGUACUUUGCCUUUGCAUUACUGGAACAUGCAGAUAGCCUAUGAUAGAAAAAGUGGCAUGUUCAGUGAAUUGAUUGUUCAUCCGCAUCUGAUCGGUUGUUUUGUAAUGCAUCGUCCUACCCUUUUCAUUUGCAAGUUGGAGAAAGACGACAAAAUAUGUAUUAGUGGGAGAUGCUGUGAAGCCAUUCGAGAGGGAAGUGGAUUUGAAGCUUUCUCAUCAAUUCCCCAUGCUUUGAAAAGAACAUGAAUGCUUAUGCCAUUAGUGCUUUUGCUUCAAUGAGCCUUUUAAGCUCAAUCAUUCUGGUGGUGAUGAUUGACUCACAUGAGGCCGUAAGACUCUUCAUGUGGGUAAGGUCAGGCUUGUUUCUUUUGCAAGCUUCAUCUGGUCUAUGCUUUGGAGAGAGAGAGAGAGAAAGAGAGAGAGAGAGAGAGAGA